CAGCGAGUGCUAAUACCCCGCGUCCGUUACAUUUGUAAAGACACUUCUAAACGUCACUCGAUUCGUUUUCUUUUGUCCCGUUUUAUUUAAUCGGUUUCCAACAACGGCGUCCGCAGACGGAAACGUAGCGCUAACAGCUGUAACAGUGCUGCAAUAAACUUUUCCCCCGUCCGCCAAGCGGCCUGCCCCGCGCCCCUGAAAACAUCCAGAGCACGAGGUCGGUAGGAGGGGGUGCUGUUGUUGCCUGGGUUACGGGACUCAGUUCCAUCCCAAUUGGUCCACUGUCGCUUAAGACUGCGUCGCAGCCGACAAGUGACACGAGACUCUGGACGGCGACCUGCUUGAGGGCGGAUUCUUCCAUGAAGGGUCACUGAACGGAUAACACUAUUCGAAUUAACAAGGUCGCGUGUCUGUCGGGACGAGUGAGAUGUCUGGGGGACUUCCAACCAAAACCAGCCCGGACCCCGAUCCAGAUUCAGAGUCGGAGGAGGUCACAGAGGAGGUGUGUCUGGAGUCUGAACUCCAGGACGGAGAGAUGAUGGAGGUGGAGGUGGGACACCACAACGUCCUGCUGGUUCGCAGUGGAGGACACUACAGUGCCAUCGGGAACCAGUGCACACACUAUGGGGCUCCCCUCAGCAAAGGGGCGUUGUCGGGGAACAGGGUGCGGUGUCCGUGGCACGGGGCGUGUUUUAACGUGAAGACGGGAGAUCUGGAGGAGUUCCCCGGCCUGGACUGCCUACCCUGCCACAAGGUAGAAGUCAGAAACAGCAAGGUCUUUGUGUCAGUAAACAAACAGUCUCUGAAACAGAGGAAACGGGUGAAGGAAAUGGGGAGGAGGGACCCGGGGGUGAUCCACACCAUGCUGCUGAUCGGAGGAGGGUCGGCCUCCUUGGUCUGCGCCGAGACCCUCAGGCAGCAGAACUACGGCGGCCGCAUCGUCAUGGUGACCAGCGAUGACCUGCUGCCCUACGACAAGACCACGCUCAGCAAGGUGAUGAACGUGCAGAGUGACAGCAUCCUGCUCAGGCAGAUGGAGUUCUUCCUGCGGCACGACAUCGAGGUGUGGCUACGGAAGGAGGCUAAGGCCCUGGACACAGGCAGUAAGACGGUGACGUUCAGCGACGGCUCCUGGCAAAGCUACGACCAGCUGCUCAUCUCCACGGGCUGCAGGGCCAGGAAGCUGGACUGCGCGGGAGCGGACCUGCAGAAUGUGUGCCUGCUGCAGACGCCCGAGGACGCGCGCAGGAUCCACUACUCCUGCUUCAGGAAGCACGUCGUCAUCGUGGGCACCUCCUUCAUCGGCAUGGAGGUGGCCUCCUACAUGACGGGGAGGGCUCGGAGCGUGACGGUGAUCGGGAGCAGCGAGCUUCCGUACCAGAAGACCCUGGGCCCCGAGAUUGGGAGGCUCACCCUGCAGAUGCUGGCAGCGCAGGCGGUGAAGUUCUUCAUGAACGACAGCGUGCUGGAGAUCAGAGGAGAGAGCGGAAAGGUGAAAGAGGUGUUGCUGAAGAGUGGUACAGUCCUUCCUGUUGAUGUUUUGAUCGUAGGGAUUGGUGUGGUCCCCAACUCGGAAUUUCUGCAGGGGAGCCAAAUGGAGCUGGACUCCAAGAACUUUGUGCCUGUAGACAAGUGCAUGCGCACCAGUGUUCCGGGCGUGUUCUGUGCUGGAGACCUGGCCUGCUUCCCUCUCACCAUGGCCCAGGACCGGAGGGUCAACAUCGGCCACUGGCAGAUGGCUCAGGCCCAGGGGAGGAUAGCUGCCUUAAACAUGCUGAACCGGGAGACAGAACUGAGCUCCGUCCCCUUCUACUGGACCGUGCUGCUAGGCAACACCAUUCGCUAUGCAGGCUUCGGGGAAGGAUAUACUGAGAUGGUGCUGAAGGGAAGAUUCGAGGACAUGAAGUUCCUCGCGUUUUACAUCAAGUGAGCAGACCAAACCCCACCGCUACCAAACUCAUCCAAACCGCCAAACCCCACCGCUACCAAACUCAUCCAAACCGCCAACACCUGCCGCUACCAAACUCAU